AUGCGGUCAGACCUGGAUGGCUCAGGGGAAGCGGAUAUGCGGACGCUGGACGUAUUUCAAACGCAUUCUCGUAUCGUGUUCGACCCGGAGAAUCGAGUUGUGACUCGUCGCUGGCAAUCGAGGUUAACUAACCAGUCGAAGCGCGCGUUCCUAGACGCUGAAUAUACGGCGUCGAAGUCGUCCUUCGCCCGUCACCACCGAGGCGCCGGUUGCGCAAAGUUUCGCGUGCCGUUCCUUGAAAUCGGUCCACAGCCAGGCUUCGUCAUUGUGAGUAAAGGGGGAGCCUCGUACUUGGGUACUUGGCUGCGAGGCUCUGGUCUACCGUUGAUGCAAGAGGCUGGAUCUCUUCAUUCGCUUGGGCCGCUGCUGUACCGACUGAGGAUACAGGCAAAAGAUGACGUCUACGAGACUACUAAGCAAAGGAUGACGUCUGCCCGCGAGGAAAGCGAGAAGAAUUGCACGAAGAUGAUCAAGCCGUGCGCGAUGGUCGGAAGAAUGAUCAAGGUGAAAUCUGGAACCACUAGACCGCACCCGACAGUACCCGCGACCACCUCCAAGCCAGAACCUCCUCGAGCUUUUGGGAGCCGCGAAAAUCGGCGGCCCGGCUUUUCCGGUCGCGGACCAGGACCGGGGCCCGGGUCCAGCAAUGGGCCUCUGUCGUCGAGCGGCACAACCGGAACGGGCGCUUCCCAGCAUCAACCCGUGCCUGGCCCACCGAAGUUCCCUGGCUCCGUUUCCCGGCAUUCGGGACAGAGUUCCUCCGCUUUGCCAUCUGCAUCUAGUAUUCCAGGAGCUGCAAAAGCUUCGGGACCACUGGUCAACCAGCGGCAUUCUUCACCUGCUUCGACGAAUUCCCGUCGAAGCAAUGUCACUGAUAUCAUGAAGAAGCCCCUACGGGAGCGGAUUGUUCAUCUUUUGGCUGUGAGAUCAUACAAGAAACCGGAAUUGGUUGAUAGAUUACGCAGAGAUGGUCUCAGAGAAAAGGACAAGGUGACGGAAGCGCUGAAUGGCAUCUCGUAUAUGAAGGAUAACACGUACCAUUUGGCCAAGCACGCUUGGUCCGAAGUCAACGAAGACUGGCCUUUUUAUACGCUUCAGGACAAACAAACUAUCAAAUGGAGAAAACCGGAAACGCUAACUCCGCCGAGCGAUUCCUCGAGUAGUAGCGGCCAUUCUCCAGUACCAAGCUCUGGCUCAACGUCGCCCCCUGGUAAUGGGAGCUACAAAAGGCCCGGCUUUUUUGACCCUGCCGAAGGUAUUCCUACCAAGAAAGUGCGUAUUUCGCACUACAAACGCCCGCAAGCUGGACCGGACGAAACAAGAAUCAUUUUGCCGCACGGGAACGGACCUCAGUCCGGGCCGGGCUCAUCACUCGUGUGUGGCAGUGGCAUCAGUUUCGGUUCGCGGGGCUCGCUCAAACCUGACAUGUUACCUGGCUCUAAGCCGCCACUAGCACAAGUGGACAAACGGCCGGACAAUUUCGGAGACAGAUCGCGUUCGGAUCGUCGAGUGUUUACAAUGACCGAUUCUGCGCGCGAUGAGUUGUCGAAGCGGCAAAGUAAGUCAUUGCCGACGUCAGAACGUCCUUCGCAAACUCCGCCAACCGUUGCCUCGGGUGGUGCUUCUUCGGACUCUAUGUUCACCGUUCCCGAGUGGGGUGGGCGGUCUUCUGGUCGCUACGGGCAGUCCACGACCACUUGCCUUCAACCGACGCCGGAGUCCAGCCCGGAUGCUCGGCGCGUCGAGGAGAAUGAACUGCUGGCCAAGAAGUCCUCGAAAAUUGCCAACGCUGCUUCGGUGGACACUUCUGAUUUCUCGCCUGAAGAAAUCCCUGAGGAUUUCCUCAAGAGUUUUGGGACGAUUGAGACUUGGGAACAACGGAAUCAAUACAAAGCAAUCUUUAAUAAGGAGUACGACGAAUAUCGCAAGUUAUACGCCAAAUUCAAUGGAAUUGCGCAGGAGUUUAGCGAUCUGGAAGCACACCUUAAGAAAUGUGAAGCUGGCAGUGAAGCUCGUGCUGGAGCUAGAAAACGCAUUCAGGACCACUACGAUAGCACGAAAAAUGCGGAUUACAUCGAGAAGCGUCGUCGGCUGAGCUAUCUGCACGCAAAACUAGCGCACAUUAAAAGACUAGUCGUCGAGUUUCACGAAAAAGAAGUUCCAACUGUCAGGGCAGCCGUGUAGCGUCAGGACGGACCGAAUAGGCUGUUCUUCAGGAAGAUUCUUCAAUUCGUCAUUUGUCCCCGGAUACCUCUAUCGCACUGUCGAUUUCCCCACGAAUCUGUCUCGCGUUUUUUUCCCCCAACCGUGAAGCGUGCGUGCUUCAUUUUCUUUUUGCGUGCAGGUAAUUUCUAGGAGUCUCGGUGAUAAAUUAGCAGAAAGUAAGGGCAUAUAAUUGAUUACAAUAGAAUCAUCUAUUCAGAGAGCAUGGAGUUUUGUUGGGAGUCGAAACUGGCGUAAAUUUGAUUUGUGCUCUAUUUGACGGGAGCAGAUUUUCGCUGUGCUUGUGAUUCUGGCCUGGAGAAGGUCUCCGGAGGAUUUUUUCCGGUAGCUGAAGUGGCGAAUUCAUGUGUUGACGACGGGUUUGCAGAACCGAGACCCCCAGUACACCUACUAGUUACCAAUUUGCCCAAAACCUUCGUCUCAUAAAUCCUUUACCUGCCGAAACCGGCAGAGCGGGCAUGAUGCUUUGACUGAAAGGAAAAUUCAUUUCGUUCGCGUCCUGCAUUGUACUGACUUUCCGCGCCUGAGUUGCUGCGCUCGAGUAUUAGCGUGCUGGCUGCCAAUAUCACAGUGAAUCAUGACGCCUCUGAUUUCAAGAUGAAGGCAAAUUUUUCACCUCGUGAAUGCAAAGGCAUAGGCCCUCCCAUAUUCUGAUAUCGGGGAAGGUUGUGAUAUCUUGGAAUGAAAGGCUAGGAACCAAUUUCAAGAUGGGGCGGACGUGACGUCGUGGAAAAAAAAACAUCCAUUGUCGUGAAGAGGGGCCGUCGAUGGGAAGUGGAAAACUUUAUUUCUCUGCUCAUGUUCAUUGAAGAACGAAUCGCUCUAUUCCGAGAGAUUUUUUGUGUACAGAGUUAAUUUUGUGCUUUAUAUAUUUUUUUCAUCCGGGGCUGAGGAGGCCGAUUGUGGGCUACGAAUUUGUGCGAAAUUAAGGGAACGAAAGGUGUGUGAACGAGUCAAAGCUUCAUCUUUUUCUCAUGUUAUUUUGCUGGCAAGAAGGGAAAUAUGUAGAUGCUUUGGUGAGCUUGUGGCGCUGACCGAGACGGGACGGUUGGCGGGAAACGAUGGCAUAGGGGAAGAGGAACGCAAUCGCAUCCAAGUUUAGGCUUCGUGUCUCCUCGGGAUCGUUUAGUGCCCCGCCCAAAUCGUGCCAAGCGCUCAAAAGGGAAAAAAAACCUGAACUCUGGCGAAGGGAAGAAUAAUUAUCGAGUUUCUGUACUUCUUGUUUUAUUUAAGGAAGAGUGUGCGUGUUCGGAAUGGAGCCCGAUGUUACGCAGCACAAGGCCGGAGCCUUUUGUUGGUUUUAUGAAACAUGAUGUAAUUGAUUUGGAUGACGACUGGAACGACUCUGGAAUACCCGAGAUGAAAAAUAUUUUUUAAUUUACUCGUGUAUGUACCUGCUCGAUGGAAACUAUUUCGAUACUCAUUUCGUUUCUCUCUUGAAACCUGGGGCGCGCGGAAUCCAAAACAUGGGUGAAUUCCUGAAAAUCGUAACCUUUAAACUUGGCUUCUCAUUCGUCCUCUCUCGUUCCUGGUAGCGCACGUCAUUUCGACAAGUUUCCUUCGUGCAGACUAGUAUUACUACUUAUGUUCCUUCCUUGCGACCGAAAAUUCGUAAUUUCUCCCCUCGUUUAGUACGCCGAGUGAGAUCUCGUGAACUUUCUUGCUCCACAGCUAAUUUCUACGGAAUCCUUCUGCCUACCAUCUCGUUAGAAGAUAUGAUGUUGCAAUACUCAUUCGUAAUUUUUAUCCGUAGUAUAAAAAGUUGGCCUCUUGGGGUAAAAGAUAAAAGAGCAACUAAUGGGGUUGUGAAGAGGUAGCUGCGAGAACGGGUUCUGCAUUUGUUUUUUCGGAAUUCCUUUCAAUAUCAAUCCAUCUUCAUUCAUCGUGUGCGAUUUCAUGAAAGAUUCCUUGUUCAGAUUUUACGCUCGACGCGGCCACUUCAUGCAUAAUUAGAUGAAAUCACUUAGUGUGUGAAGUACCUCGAUAUGUGUUGAACUCAAGGCAGGUGUUUGUUCCUUUCUCGCAGCGGAUUAGGUUGAUUCUUCAACCUUUUGUGAUGAUUUGAGCAAGGUUGCCAAUCUUGAACCCAUGGUUGAUUUAUUCUCGAAUGGUUUGUGUGCAAAAUGUUCUAGUCCUUCCUGAUUUUUUUCGUGUCUUCCUAUGCACGAUGGUCAUGUGUUUAACUAAAAUUUACGUGGAAUGGUCUGCAGCACCCGCAGGACUUCGCUUGAAGAUUUCAGUAUGAAAAUGUCACCCUGCCAACGGGUGUUUCGUGGGUGGUUAAAGGAAAAGUCCUGUGAUAUUAGCAACUUUUCAAACAGUGCUGGAACUAAGCUGGUUGAAGUUAUGCUGAAUUUGAUUUUUAGCUGUGUCUCGUCAAAUUCUUUGCAUCUGACGCACAUAUCCUUCAUUUGAUCUGAACCUGAGAAAUUCGCGCAUUUAUCUUCCCCUUCAAAAAUAUACCAGCAUUGCUGCUCGUGGGUGGAAAUUGGUCUGCUUUAGAUUUUCUGCAGUGUGUCCUCGGCAUUUUCGUUUAUUUUGUUUUUGUUUUUCAGGAUUUCAUUCCGACCUAAUUGCUGAAAUGUUGGAGAACUUUCGUUUGAAAUCACUUUUAUUUCCGAAGUCCGUAUACGUUUUGUCGUUCGAGUUUUUUCAGUUGCAGUGCAGACGGCGAGUGUUAGUCAGGUCGAGUGUAUACCGUCGAGAAGGAAACGUGUCGUUGUUUUUGUGCAGGCAUUUUGUUUCUCCUCCAGCAGGCAUUCCUCGCGAUCUGGACGCUAUGAACUGGUCAUGUUGAGGCUGAACUUUUCACGGCAAGUUGUGAUAAUUUGACGCCUUUUGCUGUUGAGCCUGUCGCCCUCUUUGAGGCCCGAGUGUUUGGAAGUCCUUUCGUGUACGUAAAUCUUAUGCGUGAAUAAUAUUUUCCAUUUCAGUUUAGCCAAGUGAGAAUAGAAGACCGUCAAAGAUAUGUUUCGGAAAACAUGUGCGUCGCAGAGACAUUCCAUAUACACGACGCAAUUUGGGUGGCUUUGUUGAGCUGCACGCAUUGCAGUAUUUGGAUAAAUUUCUUGAAACGAGAGAUUCAAACGGCAUUUGUUAUGUUGAUUCCGAGUUGGAUUUUCGAGAAGUGCGAGUGUCCGUGUCACAGUUCUCAUCUAUGGGGUUUCCAGGCGCUGGUACGAGCACCGUUUCAUGUUCCGAUGUUCUGUCCCGCAGUUGUCAUGCUCCCAAGAGCCUUUUUUGUUUGUUGUAAAACCCACGCAUAGCUUGCGAUUCUCCGAGCCCCGUAGUUAACGCCUUUUUUAUAUGAGAAGCACAAUUUUCCUGUGAUAUUGGUGACUGAUAUAGGAUCAUGCGAAGGAACGCCAUGGAAUAGGGUCGUCUGUGGGAGGUUUGUGUAGCGUGCUGCCAUGUUCCAGUUGAUUUGUGUCCAGGAUGUGAUUUCCAAAGCUUGCUUCUUGCGUGGUAAUUCACAUCUUGGUGUUCCCAGGACACUUCUUCGUUAUUCCAAUUGAGUCUCCGCAAGUUUUUUGUAACCAGGGGUCUUGGGCCACGCGCCGUGAUGGGGAAUGAUGCUUCCUUGAAUGUGAAUCUUGUCGAACGCGCUUCCGCGCAAAGAUGUAUCGGUCGACCGAUUCCCCUCCAAAUCUCCUCUAGUCCUCUUUGCCCAAGCAUCGCGAUUGCAGCAGGGACAAGGGAGUUUCGGAAAAAUCAUCGUUAUUGGAUCUGUCGCCCGGUCGAGCAAGAUCUGUUGGGCUAGAGGAGUCCGCGUGUGCUGAUCAGUGGCUAACGUUUUCAAGUCUCUGGUUCCUGUACUCGUAGGUUUUGUGGACCUCCGUGUUCCAUGCUAGGAGCCCUCUGGAAUGAGUCAACGUUGAUGUGCCAUGUUGUGUUUCCCCUGCCUUCUUGUGGGCAAAUUCGCGAGAAUUGGGAUGUUAGGAGUGGGUAAAAUUUUUGGCCAUAUUUAUCGCGUUGCUCCACAACAACUGGGAGUGCAGGUACUGUUUUUCACCCCUCCGUCGUGUCUUCUCGGGUCCGGCUGUUUUUUUUUUUCUCUGAUCCGCGGGCUGACCAGCGUGAUGACGAACUCCUCUAAUUCGGACAGGAGUCGCGCGAGCGAUCGAAUCAAUCGGCCCAGUGUGAGGUCGCAAAAGAGAACUGUUUCCGCGUUCUCAGUUUCGUUCCGCCUUAAGAGCCACUGGGAAUUGUUUUUCUGGAAUCCUAGCUGAGCACGUGAUCGCGUCCGUUUGUGGAAGUUUUUCCUUUGUGUAUUGAUCAAGUGAUAUAUUCAUAAUUAUACUGUAUUCCGUUUGAACUGGCUGUCAAAACCUGUAUCUUCAGCAUGUCUGAUUUUUCUUUCGAUAUUUUGAAUUCAUAAACCUGUUCAUGCAAGCAAAAA